AUGAAGGUCUUUGGCCUGAAGGUUGACCCCACGGACCCGGCGGUGGUCUAUGCCGGCACGGACGAGGGCAUCUUCCGCAGUAUCGAUCGCGGCAAGUCCUUUGAGCGGCUCGACUCUCAGAUGAACUCGACGCAGGUGUGGAAUAUCGCGGUCAGCCCUGCGGACCCGUCGUUGAUUUUCGCUGGGACCAGCCCGUCGGCGCUCUUUCGUUCCGCCGAUGGCGGGUCGAGCUGGGAACAAUUGACCGUUGAUAUGGCCGAGGAGUGUCCCAACGUCCGAGUCCCCCGCGUUACCGCGCUGGAGGUUGACCCCAGUAAUCCCAACGUCGUAUGGGCCGGGGUUGAGGUGGACGGGGUCCGCCGCAGCCUGGACGGCGGCGAUACAUGGACGCGCAUCAACGGUGGGCUGAACGAUCCCGACAUCCACGGGAUGACCGUGAGCGCGGGAGGCACCACCACGGUCUUUACGAGCACGCCAGGCGAGGUAUUUGCCAGCACCGAUACCGGAGAGAGUUGGCAGGGCCUGGGCGUACGGGAUUCCUUCCCGAUGCGUUAUUGCCGGGGCAUCACGGUGAAGCAGGACGAUCCUGACACCCUGCUGGUGGCCACGGGGGACUCUCCUUUCGGCGUGACCGGGGCGAUUCAGCGCUCGACUGACAGGGGACAGAGCUGGGAAAGGAUCAGCUUGCCCCAGGAACCGAACACCCCGAUGUGGGCCUUCGCCUCUCAUGCAUCCGAUCCAGACUUCAUCCUCUGUUGCAGCCAUUACGGGCAGAUCUACGCCACCGCCGAUGGUGGCGACUGGUGGGUCAAACUGCCGCGGGAAUUCAGCGAGAUACGCGGCAUGGCCUGGACUCCGAACUAG